AGGCCGGGUGACGCGUCACCUGAUCCUCGGGUCGCGGAGGAAGGACGGGGCGGGGAAGCAGCCGGGAGAAGGAGUCACGUGCCCGACCGGUUCCCGUUCUCUGGCCGGGGCCGGUCAGAGAGCUCCGCCCCUCGCUUGCCGGAGCCGCCGUUGCCGUCGCAAUGUCGUCUUUCCCGGAGCUGUAUUUCAACGUCGACAGUGGCUAUCUGGAGGGGCUGGUGCGCGGCCUGAAGGCCGGAGUGCUGAACCAGGCGGAUUAUCUCAACCUGGUGCAAUGCGAGACGCUCGAGGACCUAAAGCUGCACCUGCAGAGCACGGAUUACGGAAACUUCCUGGCCAAUGAGGCUUCGCCGCUCACGGUUUCUGUCAUUGAUGACAAGCUGAAAGAGAAAAUGGUGGUGGAGUUCCGGCACAUGCGGAACCACGCCUAUGAGCCGCUGGCCAGUUUCCUGGACUUCAUCACGUACAGUUAUAUGAUCGACAAUGUCAUCCUGCUCAUCACAGGCACCCUGCACCAGCGCUCCAUUGCUGAGCUAGUGCCCAAGUGCCACCCUCUGGGCAGCUUUGAACAGAUGGAGGCUGUGAACAUCGCCCAGACACCAGCUGAGCUCUACAACGCCAUCCUAGUGGACACUCCCCUUGCCGCGUUUUUCCAAGACUGCAUAUCGGAGCAGGAUCUGGACGAGAUGAAUAUUGAGAUCAUUCGAAACACUCUGUAUAAGGCGUACCUGGAAUCCUUCUACAAGUUCUGUACCAUCCUGGGAGGCACCACCGCCGAUGCCAUGUGUCCCAUCCUGGAGUUUGAAGCGGACCGACGCGCUUUCAUCAUCACCAUCAACUCAUUCGGCACGGAGCUGUCCAAGGAGGACCGGGCUAAGCUGUUCCCACACUGUGGGAAGCUCUACCCCGAGGGCCUGGCUCAGCUGGCCCGGGCUGACGACUAUGAGCAGGUCAAGACUGUAGCCGACUACUACCCGGAAUACAAGCUGCUGUUUGAAGGAGCUGGCAGUAACCCUGGAGACAAGACCCUUGAGGACAGAUUCUUUGAGCACGAGGUGAAGCUCAACAAGCUGGCCUUCCUGAACCAGUUCCACUUCGGUGUCUUCUAUGCAUUCGUCAAGCUGAAGGAGCAGGAGUGUCGCAACAUUGUCUGGAUUGCCGAAUGCAUCGCUCAGCGGCACCGCGCCAAGAUCGACAACUACAUCCCCAUCUUCUAGCUUGCCCCAGAUCCCCUCCUCCCCACCCCCCCACCCAACCCUUCUGCUGUGUGCUCAGUCUCUGAGUCUCCGCCCCCAUCCCCGCCCCUGCCCGCGGGUCCCUUGGAGAGCAAGGUGGUGAGGGUCUUGCCAGGGCUGGGGGGCCGAGAGGUCCAGGCGGAGUCCGGUCAGGGGACAAACAGGAUGGCUCGGGACCCGGCCCUGCCCGUCUGCAAGUUUGAAUGGUAACUGUCACUGUAAUGAUCUGCUCCGUGUGCCCAUCCCCCGAUGCAACCUGCUCACUGGCUCCCUGCUCCCGCUCGCUCUGUCUCUCAGCUCCAACUUGCUCCACCUAAGCCCAGGCUUCACGGCCUCCCAGGGAUCCAGGGAAAGUUGGGGUGGUGGGGAUAGGGCCCAGGGGGCCUGACUCCUCCCUCUCCCCCUCCACCCCCCCCAUCCCUAAGUAACCUUGUGGCAGUGGUCCUGCUUGUCUGUGUUGUUGCCCCAUCCUCUCCAGCCCCACUGGGGGAGAGGGAUCUGACCCUUGUGGCUGCCCAAAGCCAUGGCCCCGAUGUUUACAGCUAUUUAACGUCUGCCCAGUGUAUGGUCACUCUUCCUCUUCCCCUCCACCCCGCUUCCACCCCACAGUAGGAACAGGAAUGCUGGGCCAGGCUCUGCCCCCCAGGUGCUCCUGUUCCUGGGCUGUGACCCUUUCCUCCAACCCCUCUCCCCCUCCAAAGCCCCAGCUCGCCCUCCACCCUGCCCGCCCCUCUCUACUUCUCUUAGGUCUGAGGGCAUAGAGAAGGCAUGGCCAUAGAAGCUGCUGCCCCUCACCUGUCUCGGGCCCUGUCCCAGCUGUGGGGGUAUUUGGUGGGGAGAGGAUGUGCUGAGAGAAUUGCUGUUUCUGUCCCCACUGGUCACACAGCUUCCCCUUCUCACCCUAGCCACGCUGCUCCCAGCCUCAGCACCAGGUAGCCCUUCGCCCCUUCACUCCUCCAAGUGGGCACAGCGGCUCCCCAGCUCUGGCUGGGCUCGGGGCAGUCAGGGUCCUAUUGUAGUCCAACCCUGUUUCUGCCAGGCUGGAGGGACCCGUGAAUGUGGAAGAAGCCGUUGAUACCCAGGGUAUCCUGUGAGAGGGGCCCUGAAUUACCCUAUUCCCCAUCCUCCCCCGCCCCUUCCCCCAGCCCUGGGGGUGAAGCAAGCUUCCCUUCCCAGAUUGGGAUUCACAUUCUCGUGAGAACCUGCAGACCAGCCACAGGCUGCGUCCCCCACCCCUCCCCUUGCCACUUGCCUUUGGCUUGCUCUGGGCACCAGAGUUGGACCCAAACCCCCAGGAGAGGUCCUGAGAGCAUGAGCCAGGCUGGAUGAGAGUGGGUGUAGAAGUGUGGGGUCCUUCCUUCCUCUGGUUCUCCCAGGUUCUACCACCCACCUCUCCCUGAGUGAGGUAGGUGGGAAGGAUGGGCAAAGGAGGCCCCAGCCUUUCCUUCAUCUUCCCUCACCCACACACUCACAUAUUCCUUUUCUUUUUUCACAAAGUCUGAGUCCCUUGUUGAGUCGUGCCCCCCUUUCCCUCCUAUCAAUAAAGUGCCCUCCUGUGAAC